AUCACGCUGGUAGUGUUUUUGUGGGUGCUUACACACCAGAGUCGUGUGGUGAUUAUUCCAGUGGUACAAACCACACUUUACCAACAUAUGGGUAUGCCAGACAGUAUAGCGGAGCUAAUACAUCUACUUUCCAGAAAUUCAUCACCGCACAGAGCAUUACACCUGAAGGUCUAGACAAUAUUGGACGCGCUGUGAUGUGUGUUGCAAAAGUCGAAGGUCUAGAUGGUCACAGAAAUGCUGUGAAGAUUAGAAUGUCCAAGUUGGGAUUGCUUCCAAAGGACUUCAACUAA